UUACUCAUUCUUGUGUCCCAUCUCUGAGAAACCUGCAAGAAAAACACAGAACCUUGUAAGGCCAAAGGAAAUGGGUUGUUGCGUAAAGCUGAUAGACGCAAUUCUGUUCCUCUACUUUCUGCUAAUAGCACUGGUAGCUCCACUCAUAGAUGCUCAGACAUGCGUGCCUGCCAAUUACUUUCCACAGCCCCUUAUCAAGUUCAGGACAUGGUACAGCCAUGAAUACCAGGACUACCUAAUCAUGGAGAAGCCCCAUUUCUUCGUAGGCCUGGUCUGGCUUGAGCUCAUCUUCCAGUGGCCCAUUGCUCUUAUGAACCUCUAUGGCAUUCUCGCCGCCAACUCUUGGUUCAACACCACUUGCCUCAUCUACGGUGUUUCUGUGUUUGCUUCCAUGGCUGCUGUGUUGGGAGAAUUGAUGGGUUCUGGAAGGGCAUCAGAAAAGCUAGCGAUGGUGUACUUCUCUUGCAUGGUGUUUAGUGUUAUAGCAACUCUGCGAGGCUUCAUGCCGAAUUGCACCUCCACUUCCUCCGGCAAUGGCAAGAGAAUUCUCAGGAAAAAGCGAGCUUGAAU